AUGAGGCUGGCAAAUUUACUCAGGUGGAUUCUGGCCGUGCGUCUGAUACCUUGGAUUCACGGCUUACCACUUCCAGUAACUUCUGAGGUGUUCCAACCUUUAUUUCCCAUUAUGCCGCCACAUUGCACCAAAACGACUAUUAUAAAAUCUACGCUAUCCCAUGCAUCUGGUGAUGAUAUAACUCGGACAAUUCAAAUGAAUUUCCGAAUAGGUCUUCAAAAUACGGUUUGUUUUCGACUCGAAAAUGCAACUCUUGAAAAAGAUUCAUUGUUUAUCGAUGUUAUUAAUGCAAGAAUGCAAGAUCAAGGAUGGCUACAUACUUUAACAUUAUCUCGACUAGAGCAUCAUCAUCCCAUUUCUCAACACUAUGAUUUUGCUAUACCGGAGGUGAGCACAAAUUGUAUAUGUGAAUGUGAUGUAAGCUCAGACAUUUGUUCCGCCAGGACGUAUUCAUUCACUUAUUGUUCACGUGGAAACGUAACUCAGGAAAGUUGUUUUCGAACAUUUCAUCCGAAUCAGGCAGAUACUGGUUGUACGAGUGGUAGUCAGUCUAAAUUAUGCUGUGAAGUGAGCUUCUCAUCAUAUCAGAACAAAUCAUAUACAGCUGUAAAGUUAGAACAACCGACCACAUUUAUAAUUUUUAAAUAUGUGGCUUAUGAUUAUACAGCCGGUCGAUGGAUUGAAAAAGAUAAAAGUACAGUUCGAGUUGAAGUCGAUGGUCGUACUCAGUGGCUUUUUCUAGAUAGAUGGCGGAGGUUAGAAUUAGGAGUAAGCGCAGCUGGUCGGGCAAGUCAUCAACUUGAAAGUGGUAUGUAUUUUGCGCCCAGUAAUUUUGGAGGUGAAAUGGAUGAACUACGGCAACAAGCAAUUAAUGAAAUUAAUGAAAAUAAUUUCGAGAAACUUGGAUGGUUUCGUAAAGAUUCAACAGGACAUUUCACAGUGCGAAAUGGAAUGGUUAAAAUACAAAGAAUACAUUUGGCGAAAGUAGAAAAUUGCAAAGAUCAAAAGUCUCAAAGUUAUCUUGAUGCUCAUCAUUAUAUCGACCGUAAUGAUCCUGAGAAAGCGGAACGUUUCACUUUAGAAUCUCCUGUGGAGCAAGUUUACCCAUGGAUACAGAAUGCUAAAAUUAUUGAUGGAACAGGUCGGCAUGUUGUGGUUACUCAUUCUGAGGGUACUGAUGUAGAAGUUGCGUUACAACUUCAUGAAAACACAUACAGUUUGUCAUUUGUUCAUGAUUUUUCGAAGUUGGAUGAUUUUUCGGGUACAGUAAUCGUUGACUUCAAAUCAAAUCGAUUUUUUAAUUUAACUGUAUACAAUGCUACCGGAAUAAUACACGGCAUUGUUAAGAAAACUACUGAUAGAAAUAGUAUUGACGAAUUUUAUUUUACUACUUACAUUGGUGAAAUGCGAAGUACGAACAAAACUCUGAUUGUGCCUUUGCCUGCGCUAAUUGAUGGUGGAGAUAGGAUGAUUUGCCUUCGAGCUGACGAUAGCACGAAUCUGCCAGAAAUUUGUAGAAUAAUCUCAUUUAAAGAAGUUGCUCUUGAGAUCAAUCUACUUGAGAAUACUUGGAAAGAGAUCGAUGGGCACUGUCCAGAAUGUAACAAAAUUACAGUUGGAGGUUUCUUGAGUAAUUUAAAUCCUAUCAAUUGGGCUAAUGGUAUAUCCUCUAUUUCCAAUUUUGUAAUGAUGAUAACAGAUGUGAUUAUUUAUAUUAUUGCAUUAUUUGUUGCUUAUUUCAUUUUAACAAGAUGUUUGCUACCUUUAUGCAAAUGUGCUUUUUGUUUUCCACCCGCCCCAUCAUGUUGUAGCUUUCGAUCACCGAAAUGUAAAACAAAAAAUGCAAAAUGUCCUUACUGA